CAGAUGGCGUCCACUUUGGCCUGGCCUAAGACUGUCAAUUCAUCAAAAGAAGGUGCAGAUUGGUUUAACAACUGCUCACAAUGGAAUGGAUUCUUUCAGCCACAAUAAUUUUCCUUUGGGUUAUGUUCGUUUGGGAGCUACUCCUUGCAUUUCGUCAGUAUCAAGUUUACAAGAACACCAAGGAAAUUCCGUCAGAACUAAAAGCACAUUUGAAAACAGAAACCUUUGAAAAGUCAAGAUUAUAUGAAGUUGAUAAGUCAAAGCUUGGCUUCAUGUCAAGUACUUAUUCUCAAAUCGAAGCAACACUCAUUCUGAUGUUUGGUGGGAUUCCAUUUUUAUGGGAACUGGCUGGGAGCAUUAUUGGAAACUUUGGAUUUGGUUCAGAAUAUGAGAUAACCCACUCUAUGAUGUUUAUGGUAUUAUGUUUGAUAUACAGUACAAUAAGAAGUCUACCAUGGAGUCUGUAUGGAACUUUUGUUGUAGAGGAGAGUCAUGGCUUUAAUAAGCAAACUCUGGGAUUCUACUUCAAGGACCUGGUAAAGAGGCUGAUCUUGACGUGCAUUAUUUCACUGCCUGUAACGGCUGUCCUGAUUUGGAUCGUGAGAGUUGGCGGUUCGUACUUCUUUGUAUAUGCAUGGGCAUUUACUCUAGCUGUGUCUUUGUUUUUGAUGACCAUAUACCACGAUUACAUCGCCCCCUGGUUUGACCGAUUCAUCCAACUGCCCGCAGGCGAUCUUAGGUCGUCCAUUGAAAAGUUAGCCACGUCAAUCGAUUUUCCACUGACCAAAAUUCUGGUUGUUGAAGGAUCGAAAAGAUCGGCGCACAGUAAUGCCUACUUCUUUGGGUUUUUCAAAAACAAAAGGAUCGUUCUGUUUGAUACUUUGCUGAAAGAAAGCCCGUUUGAAAAAGAAAAGAAAGAAGAAGAAUUGAAAAAGAAAGAGGAGCUUGAAAAGGAGAAAGUUGAAGAAGCAAAGGAGGCUGGCAAUGAGGAAGACGAGAAUUCGGAUGUGAAAAAGGAAUAUCAAAACGAAGAUACGAAAAUACAAGAGAACGAAAAGAAGGAAGAGAAAAGCGGGAAGGGAUGCAGUAAUGAAGAAAUAUUAGCAGUUUUAGGCCAUGAGCUUGGUCACUGGAAGUUAAAUCAUACCUUGAAGCAUUUAAUAAUUGGCCAGGUCAAUCUGUUCUUGGAUUUCUUUCUGUUUGGGCUUUUGAUGGACAUGGAUAUUCUCUACACAAGUUUUGGCUUUCCAGAUUCUAAGCCAGUCCUUAUUGGAUUACUGAUCAUAUUCCAGUUUAUCUUCUCGCCCUAUCACGAACUUCUUGGGUUCUGUUUAACUCUACUUAGCCGUCGUUUCGAGUUUCAAGCGGAUGCCUUUGCCAAAUCGCUCGGUUAUUCGAAAGAGCUGCAGUCGUCACUGAUCAAGCUGAACGAGGAUAAUCUUCAGUUCCCUGUGAAUGACAAGUGGUUCUCCACAUACCAUCACUCACACCCUCCCUUGUUGGAGCGGCUCAGGGCGUUGAAAACGAAACAAGACUAGCCAAACAAGACUAGCCGCUCUAAUUAACUAACUAACUUCGCAGCAGGUUCGAAUACCCUUUCAUUAAUUCAAAAUCUGUUUUAAUAAGGAUAUGAUUGUAGUUUCUUCAUUUGGUUGUUUUUCAGUGCCAUAAGAGUCCUAGACUUCUAGCGAACGUUGAAGAUCACAUCUUGGCGUGUUGCUGCCGUACAGUUAUAAAAUAAGCGCUAGCAUAGUAUCAUAAAAAACUUUAAAUUUAUAUUUUUUGUAAAAUAUGCAUGUUAUUCAGGGUAAAACUUAUCAAAACCAGAAAAACUAUUUUCAACAAGGACCCUGUUUUAACGAAAAUGUUAAACAAAAAAGUAAUCCUAAAGCAAUGUUAAGCUAAUAGAGGUUAUUACAAGUAUGUUUACAACAAA